UUUGCAGAACACAAUGAGAAUAUGGUACGUGCUCUCGAUCUUAAUAGUAUCCGCCACGGCAAGGUUUUUCGACGUUUGUCCAGGAAGGAGACAGUCUAUCGGAGCAUGUCUCGUUGGACUUUGCCCUGCCGGAUCUGAAUGUAUUAAUUCGUAUUGUUGUAAAAAUCGAAAAUCUGGCUCAUUAUCCCCAUUGGAACAAGUUGAAGUGGAAGCUGAAGAGACUACAGAUUACCCAGCAUGUCUAAAUGGAGGAAAAUCCAUUGGAGAGUGUAUUGCAAACUCUUGCCCGCUGGGUUAUCAGUGUAGCGCUGGAUUGUGUUGUGAUUCAGAAACUCUUGGUUUUAAGAAAUGGUCCCUGAAAUCCAGAAAAGAGGAGGAAAUCCCAAUGAAAUCUUCUCCAAUAAGCUUGAUCACAGUCGCUCCAGAUGAGAAUUCGGAGAAUGAGGCGAGGAAAAAAAUGAAGGGAAGCGAGGAAGAUUCCGAGGAGCGAAACUCGACGUUUGCACCCGAUAAGGAGAUUGUCGACGAGGAGGACUCCGAGUUGGAAGAGGAGGAAGAACAGACAACUUCAUCAACGACUACAACGACGACGACGACCACAACGACUGAGGAGCCAUCAACGACUAGUGAAUACAGGAAGAAAUCGAAGAAAAAUAGGUCUAAGAGACCAAAAACCACAAAAACCACAACAACAUCAACCACCACGACCGAAGCUCCGACAACUACAACCGAAGAGUACACAACAACUACUGAAGAAGACGUGACCGAUUUGGAAACACAGGCGCCAAAUGUCGAGGAAGUUACCGAGCCGCAUUUUGUGUGUCCGGUUGGAGCACCAAUUGGAGAAUGCAUUGCCAACAAAUGCCCAGAGGGUCAUGGUUGUGUUGAGGGUCAGUGUUGUAUACUGACACCUCAAAUCAACUGCACGGACGUCUUAACUGGGUGCCUAACCCAUCUGUGCGACCGAAAAGGAUACCGACAGUUCAUGACAAACAACUGCGCGAAGACUUGUGCAAGAUGUCACCUUGUCAAUAUUACUCCAAGCGAAAUCCAUGACUGUCGGGAUCGGAGAUCAGAUUGUGAAGAGUGGGCUGCUGAAGGGUUUUGUGAGAGCUCACUGUACACGACAAGGCAGAAGCUGAAGUUUUGUGGAAAGAGUUGUAAACUGUGUUAAUUUAUUUUGUGAAGUAUUGUUUUAUGGUAAUUUGAAGAGCGAAGUUAUUGCUCGUAUUUGUAUAUUUCGAUGAAAUGAAUCUUAAUUUUGUUU